AUGGCAGAAGUGGCAGUGUCAUUAGUUAUUGAUCAACUAGUUCCACUGAUAAGGGAAGAAGCUAAGCUGUUGAGAGGUAUUGACAAAGAGUUUGCAGAUAUUAAGGAUGAGCUUGAAAGUAUUCAAGCUUUCCUUAAGGAUGCGGAUAAAAGAGCUUCAACAGCUGAAGGAGUCAAAACAUGGGUGAAGCAAGUUAGGGAAGCAGCUUUUGGCAUUGAAGAUAUCAUUGAUGAUUAUUUGAUCCACGUGGGGCAGCAGCCUCCUCAUCCUGGAUGUCUAUUUUUACUCCAUAAACUCAAAAUUAUUAUCCCUCGACGCCAAAUAGCGUCUGAGAUUCAAGACAUUAAGUUAUAUGUUCGUGGGAUCAAGGAAAGAAGUGAAAGAUAUGGCUUCCAAUAUUCCUUAGAACAACGAUCAAGCAAUUCUCGGGAAAGACAGGAUUCUAAAUGGCACGAUCCUCGAGUGGCUGCUCUUUACAUUGAGGAAGCUGAUGUUGUGGGCUAUGAACCACAAAGAGAUGGGUUGAUUGAUUGGUUGGUAAAAGGAAGUGAUGAGCGCACUGUAGUUUCUGUAGUUGGAAUGGGAGGGCAAGGAAAAACUACUCUUGCCAAGAAAGUUUUUGAAAGCAAGAAUGUUGUUCGACACUUUGAUUGUCGCGUAUGGAUCACUGUGUCUCAAUCAUAUAGUGUUGAAGGGUUGUCGAGGGAUAUGUUGCUAAACUUAUACAAGCAAAAAGGAGAAGAUCCUCCUGACGAUACUUUUCAAAUGGAUCGAGGGUCAUUGACGGGUGAGGUGAGAAACUACUUGCAGAAAAAGAGGUACGCUGUCGUCUUUGAUGAUGUUUGGAGUGAACAUUUUUGGGGUGAUAUUGAAUUUUCAUUAAGUGAUAAUAAAAAUGGAAGUAGGAUAUUUAUCACAACAAGAAACCUAGAUGUUGCGAUGUCUUGUAAAAAAUCUUCUUUUGUUGAGGUUCUUGAGUUGCAACCGUUAACUCAAGAACAAUCUUUCGAGCUGUUCAAAAAGAAGGCAUUCAAAUUUGACUAUGCUGGGUGUUGUCCAAAGGAGCUGAAUGAUAUAGCUUAUGAAAUUGUUAGAAAAUGCAAGGGAUUACCACUAGCAAUCGUUGCCAUUGGUGGUGUUUUGUCUGCAAAAGAGAAAAAUGUUUUUGAGUGGCAGAAAUUUAAUGAAAAUCUAAGCUUAGAGCUAUUGAAAAGUACACAUUUAACUGGGAUACAAGAAAUUUUAGGCUUAAGUUAUGAUGAUUUGCCUUACCAUCUCAAAUCAUGCUUGUUGUAUUUUGGAAUAUAUCCACAAGAUUACCAAGUUAAAACAAAGAGAGUAAUUCAACAGUGGAUAGCUGAAGGGUUUGUGAAAGAGGAAAGGGGGAAGACUCUGGAAGAAGUUGCAGAAGGAUAUUUAACAGACUUGAUUCAUAGAAGCUUAGUGCAAUUGUCUUCGGUUAGAAUUGAUGGUAAAGUUAAGAGUUGUCGUGUUCAUGAUCUAAUACGCGAUAUGGUCCUAAAAAAAAUUGAGGAUUUAAACUUUUGCAAGCAUAUUAGUGAAGACGAAGAAUCAUCCUUAAGUGGAAGAGUUCGGCGCCUAUCAAUAACAACCACCUCUGACGAUUUCAUUGAGCGUACUGAAACAUCACAUGUUCGGUCAAUACUUGUUUUUACAAAUAAAGAAUCAAAUAUAUACUUUGUGAGGAAAUUUCCUACAAAAUACGUACGCUUAAAGGUUCUUGAUUAUAAAUGUUCGCGACUGUUGAAUGUUCCUAAAGAGCUGGGAAGUAUGGUUCACUUGAAGUAUUUAAGUCUGGGGUACAUAACAGCAGGUAUGGAUGGAGCUGUAGAGGUGAUUAAAGAGUUAGGAAAGCUGAAGCAGAUGAGAGAAAUCGGGUUGCUUAAUGUUCGUAGAGAUGAUUACAACGCUCUAUCUUCGUCGAUCACUGAAAUGAAACACUUGGAGAAAUUACAUGUUAAGCUAAGUUCUACAGCUAGCAAUGAAUUCAUUGAUUUGAAUUUGAUUUCACCGCCGAGUAAGCUUCGAAAACUUACACUGCGUGGGAGGCUAGAGAAGUUGCCAGAGUGGAUUUUAGAGCUUGGAAAUGUUGUUGUGUUGAGGUUGAAGCUCUCCUGUUUAACUAAAGAUCCAAUGGAAUCCCUCAACAGUUUGCAACACUUGUUGAUUCUCUCUAUAGGCGUCGGUGCUUAUGGAGGUUCAACUUUGCAUUUUCAAGAUGGAUGGUUUCAGAAACUAAAGGAAAUGGACGUUGGAUCUUCAAAUGAAUUGAAAGAGAUUAUUAUCGACAAAGGAGCACUGCCUUCUCUGAAAAAGCUUCAGUUAUUCGGACUCCCCAAACUGAAGAAUGUACCAACUGGCAUCCAACACUUGGAGAAGCUUCAAGUUCUCCAUUUUCGGAGUAUGCAACUUGAUUUUUUGCAGCAAAAUUCUUCCAAGGAUUGGAAUUGGCUUAUGGAACAUGUGCCCCUUGUAGAAAUUUCACCACUUGAUGGAAACGUUAUUCCAAAUUCAAGGAGUUAG